GACUGGCACGCCUUAGCGCUAAUCUCCCAGAAUUCAGUGCGGUCCACACGUGGAAGUCAUGGAGGUAUCGCAGGAGGCUGCAGAUAGACAGCAAAUAAAUGAACAAGAGGAGGAACAAUAUCAACUUUUCUUAAACACCCAUGGACCUGCACUUAGGUCAUCGAGAGUACCUCCAGUAUACUGGAAGAGCCUGUAUUACAAACUUGUUAACGAGGUCUUUGAUGCGGGACAGUUUUUUGGGAUCAUGCAGGUAGAGGAAGCAGAGGAAGAAGAGGAAGAUGAUAGUGGUGAUGUUGAAGAGACCCAGCAGGAAGAAAGAAAAAAACGGAAUCCCGGAACGGAGCCGAUUUGUAAAGUCAUUGUUACCAAUGAAGACGGACUGCAGGCUGCUGACCCAAACAGCAUAUUUCUCAUCGACCAUGCCUGGACGUACAGAGUGCAAAGUGCACGACAGCAGCUGCAGGAGAUCCCUGGGCUCCUCCAUCGCAUGGCCAACCUGAUAGGGAUCGAGUUCCACGGAGAGUUCCCUGAUGAGGAUGUGGUUGACCAGGUGAUGGUGGAGAUGUGGAAAUACAAUCAGACCUACCAACUCUCCCAAGGGACCGCUGAGGAGAAGGUGCCUGUAUGGUACAUUAUGGAUGAAUUUGGCUCCAGAAUCCAGCACUCUAAUGAACCUACCUGCUGCACGGCCCCUUUCUUUUACUCCACAGAAGAGGUUGCUUAUACUAUCUUGUGGCCUCUCCGAGACCUGGAGAAUGGAGAGGAAGUUACACGUGAUUACACAUACGGAGAGACUAAUCCUUUGAUCAGGAAGUGCAGGCUGUUGCCAUGGUUCCCUGCUGAUAUGAGGGAUAUUAGCUCCAACACCCCUGAACCAUCUGAUGCAUACUACCAGACCAUUUCACAAGAAAAUAAGGAACAGCUUCCUAUCCCAAUUGAAACCCAAGUUUAUCCAAAGGACAAGAUUUUUAAGGUUUUCACUGAAAUGAAACAGGUUCUAAACAAUUUGAAUCACCCCCGCUUUGAAUUUACAUGGAAUGAGGAGGAAGCAGAUAUUCUCUUUAUGUUUACCCACAUUAGAGAAUACAGGAAGCUGAGCAAGGAGCGGCCACACGUUCUAGUAAAUCAGUUCCCUUGUGAGACUAUGGUCACAGUUAAAGACUGUUUAGCAUCUGUGGCAAGAAGACUUGGAGGAGUCGAGGGUGCAAAGUGGCUGCCCCAUACAUUUAACCUCCAAACAGAGUUACCCCAGUUUGUCAGCUACUACCAGCAGCGCCAGGAAAGGGGAGAGGAUAAUCAUUGGAUCUGCAAGCCAUGGAACUUGGCUCGAACACUUGACACGCACAUCACAAAUGACUUGACCUACAUCAUCCGACAGAGAGAGAGCACUCCAAAGGUGGUGUGCAAGUACAUAGAGAACUCAGUGCUGUUCCACAGGGAGGAGGUUGGAAUGGUGAAGUUUGAUAUCCGUUACAUUGUCCUCCUCCGCUCAGUAAAGCCACUGCAGCUGUAUGCAUACAAUGUCUUCUGGCUGCGGUUCGCCAACAGACCAUUUUCUCUUGAUCACUUUGAUGACUACCAGAAGCACUUUACUGUGAUGAACUAUGCAGAAGGAGUUCAGCUAAAACAGGUCCACUAUGAUGAAUUUAUUCCUCUGUUUGAGAAGCAAUACCCAGAUUAUCCUUGGAAAGAUGUACAGGAGAAGGUGUUUAAAUCUUUUGCUGAACUUUUCCAAGUUGCUUCAUCCAGGCCUGCACCUUUUGGCAUCUGUGACUACCCAUCCUCUCGCGCGGUCUACGCUGUUGACCUCAUGCUGAAGUGGGAUACAGAUAAUGAGGGUCAGAGAUUUAUGCAGCCUCAGAUCUUGGAAGUAAAUUUUGGUCCUGACUGUGCGAGAGCCUGCAAAUAUCACCCCAGCUUCUAUGAGGAUGUCUUCAGCACUCUUUUCUUGGAUGAGACAGAUAAUUGCCCUGUUACCCGCAUUGCAUAAUGCCCAAAACAAAAGAAGUUACUCUCAAAAAAGAGCAUGCUGUUUAAUAUAUCUUCAAUAGAAUUAUUUUUAAAGCCUGGAAUUGUGUACAUUCCUGUGGAUCCUGUGGACAUUUUCCUGCAAAAGAAUUGCAUUACAGCUUUUGUUUUUUCAAUAAAACACAGCAAAACUCAA